GGGGGAAGUCAUCACAAAGUCUCUGUUUCUCCUGUCGUCCAUGUCCGAGGGCUGUGCGAAUCAGUUGUGGAAGCAGAUCUUGUGGAAGCUCUUGAAAAGUUUGGAACCAUAUGCUAUGUCAUGAUGAUGCCAUUUAAGCGCCAGGCUCUGGUGGAGUUCGAAAAUGUAGAAAGUGCAAAGAAAUGUGUAACGUUUGCAGCAGAUGAACCUGUAUAUAUUGCUGGACAGCAAGCCUUUUUCAACUACUCAACAAGUAAGAGGAUUACGCGGCCAGGGAAUACUGAUGACCCAUCUGGUGGAAAUAAAGUUCUCCUGUUGUCAAUUCAGAAUCCUCUCUACCCAAUUACAGUGGAUGUCUUGUAUACUGUGUGCAACCCUGUUGGAAAAGUUCAGCGCAUUGUUAUAUUCAAGAGAAAUGGAAUACAAGCUAUGGUUGAGUUUGAAUCAGUAUUUUGUGCCCAGAAGGCGAAGGCUGCACUCAAUGGAGCAGAUAUCUAUGCAGGAUGCUGCACACUAAAAAUUGAAUACGCGAGGCCAACUCGACUUAAUGUCAUUAGAAACGACAACGAUAGUUGGGACUACACUAAACCAUAUCUGGGCCGACGAGACAGAGGGAAGGGCCGCCAGAGGCAAGCUAUUUUGGGAGAGCACCCAUCAUCAUUUAGACAUGAUGGUUAUGGGUCACAUGGUCCUUUGUUGCCCUUGCCGAGCCGGUACCGAAUGGGAUCUCGGGACACUCCAGAACUUGUUGCUUAUCCGUUGCCCCAGGCAUCCUCCUCUUACAUGCAUGGUGGAAAUCCUUCUGGGUCAGUUGUCAUGGUUAGUGGGUUGCAUCAGCUAAAGAUGAACUGUUCAAGGGUCUUCAACCUGUUCUGCUUGUAUGGAAACAUUGAGAAGGUGAAAUUUAUGAAGACUAUUCCAGGCACGGCACUGGUUGAAAUGGGUGAUGAAUAUGCUGUGGAAAGAGCUGUCACACAUCUCAACAAUGUCAAGUUAUUUGGAAAGAGACUUAAUGUCUGUGUUUCCCAGCAGCAUUCAGUAGUUCCAAGCCAGAUAUUUGAACUGGAGGAUGGCACGAGUAGUUACAAGGAUUUUGCAAUGAGUAAGAAUAAUCGCUUCACCAGUGCUGGUCAAGCAUCUAAGAACAUCAUCCAACCACCCUCAUGUGUGCUGCAUUAUUAUAAUGUUCCCCUGUGUGUAACUGAAGAAACAUUUGUAAAGUUAUGUGAGGAUCAUGAAGUUCUCAGCUUUAUUAAAUACAAAGUGUUUGAUCCAAAACCUUCUGCCAAAACACUGUCUGGUCUGUUGGAAUGGGAAUGUAAGACAGAUGCAGUGGAAGCUCUCACUGUACUUAAUCACUACCAGAUAAGAGUCCCAAAUGGCUCCAACCCUUAUACCUUGAAGCUUUGCUUCUCUACUUCAUCCCAUUUAUAGAGAAGAGGACAGCAUGUUAAGAGCUACAUUCACCUUGAUUUGCAAGUUUAAAACUACACUUCGUUCACAAAGCUCUAAAGUGGUUGUUCUAAUGUUGCCUUGUUUCAACUUAAUUCUAAUAUCUUUUAUCUUGUUUUAUAAUAAAUGGAUGUUCCUUCAUAAAUACAAACCAGAUUUUUUCUUUUUGCCUCUGAGAAGUACAUGUUGUAAGCUUACUACAAAGUUUGUAUUUUGUUAGUGUAGUAUCUUCAAAUGUCUAAAGAAGCACCAGUAGUAUAAAAAGAUUGUUUUCUUCAAAAAAUGAAAUAUAUUUGCAUUUUCGAUAAUGUUAAAGAUUAGCAAGUAUUUUUCCAUUUGUAGUCUUAAUUGGCAGAUAGAACUAUUACAUCAGAUUUUUAAAUGUAGAAAUUGUUUUUCAGUAUGUUAAGUAGUGAAGUAUGUUGCAAUACUUAAAAAGCUUGUAUUUAUAAAAUGCUUUAAUCAGGUUAACGUUGCACAUACCGAAUUUUUAGUAGUAUAGACUUGAUUUAUAGUUCAAACGAAGCUAAUGUAGAAAAUUAUUAAGUAUGUACACGUGUAUGGUGUGAAUUCAUACUUAUUUAAAGCGGUUUUUGGUUUUUUUAAAAAAACUAUUUUCCAUUUGCAUUAGCAUGAUGCCAUCUAUAGCUCGUCCCACCGUAGGGGCCUUUUAAAAAUUAAAAUUGCAAGCCUGUAUCAAUGUGUUCAUCCUCAUUUUCCAUAAUUUAAACUUAAAUCUUCGGUGUUUAACAUAUCCUCUUGACUUUUUUUUUUUAAAGUAGUGGUUAUGACAUGCUAAAUGGUAAAAGUUGGAUAUGUGAGAAGAUUGAGCGCAAUAGAAACCAAGGUGGUAAAAGUAGUUAAAACAAAAAGCAAGCCCCACCAUACUCUCUCAUACCUGGACAGUUAAUUCGAUGUUUUCUUUUGUCUGUUUAUCUUAUACAUCUGUUAUGACCAUGAAAGAAUUCAUAGGGUGAAUAGACUUGGCUAGCCUCUCACUUAAACUGAGGUAAUCUAGGUGGGAUUCAGAUAAUGUAACUAAUUACAUAAUGUGAAAUUAAUGAGGAGAGAAAUAUUUCACUUUUGGGAAGAUGAUUUGUUUUGUCCCAGUACUCUGAAACCUCUGUUCUCUCUUCUAGAACUGGAGUUGCAUCUUACUUGGGCUAAACCCCCAGAACUGGGAAUCCAAGCAGGGAAGUCUGGGAGCUGUUGUCCUAGGCUCUGUGUUUGUUCCCUUUUCUGAAUUUGCAGCAAGGUGUUUAGGGCUUCUUUUAGUUCUGCUCUUGGUGAUCAGAGAGUAUUUGUUUUAUCAGAUAUUUUAUGUUUUAUCAUACAAGUUCUUUGUUCUGUCUUUACAGAUUUUAUCCAUGACCAUCCUUAAUGCAAGAUUAUUUGUGCAGUGUGCUUGUCCUUGAGAGAUUAUGUUGCAGUGUGUUUACAGGUUGUGGGCAUUGCACAGGUCUCUAAAUACAGACUGGAUUUUCCCCAUUCUUAAUUUCAAGGCAAACACAUUUUCCCUUGUAUGAUAAGGUGGAUCAGCUGUCCUUCAGGUUUUCUCAUCAACAAUGAUUCAUUUUUGCCCUGUCUACCUCCAUUUUGUUCAUGCUUCAGGUAAUGAGUAUUUCAGGUAUUCAAAU